GAACGUCGACCGUCGAAUUUCACAAUCGAGUCAUGUUGUCUUGAAAAGAUUUUACGUUUAUUGCUGGGGCAGUGGUGUUUUUAGGUCCGAAGAUUGUACGAUCCCACGCUUUGGAUAAAGUAUUUUAUCAAUCUCUGUUGAAUAAUGGAACUAUGCUAGAAUAGUACGAUGUCUGUACACUAUAAAUUCAAGUCCACAUUGGACUAUGAUACUGUGUCGUUCGACGGCCUGCACAUUUCCGUAGCUGACUUGAAGAAAGCGAUCUUUCAUCAGAAGCGUAUCGGGAAAAAUACUGAUUUUGACCUGCAAAUAACUAAUGCACAAACUAAGGAAGAUUAUACUGACGACAAUGCAUUGAUAGCAAAAAACACAAGUUUGAUAAUAGCGAGAGUUCCGCUUACUGUUCAACAAAAGCGUUCCUGGGAUAGAAAUGAAGGACCAGCUAUCGGGAGUUCUAAAGAUGAAACAAACAUGGGGAGAUCCGUGGAUCUUACUCGGUUGGAUGGCUCGGAAGAAGAUAAAAUUCGUGCCAUGAUGACUCAGUCGACCCAAGACUAUGAUCCAUCAAAUUACAUGAAAAUUCGAGGCGCUAAUCAAACGGGUGACGUACCUCCGAAUUAUCGUUGUUACAAAUGCCACCAGCCUGGUCACUGGAUAAAAAAUUGUCCAUUGGGCACCAAUCAAGAACCUAUAGAGAUCAAGAAAAGCACCGGCAUUCCUAGGAGUUUUAUGGUUCCUGUUGAAGGGCCACUGGUACCAGGCGCUAUGAUGACACCUACAGGUCACUAUGCUGUGCCAGCAAUUGACCACCAAGCCUAUAAAGAGGGAAAGAAGGAGCGUCCUCCAUUUUCGCAAGAGCCAGAACCUGUUGCCGAAAAAUUAGAAAUUCCAGAAGAUCUAGUAUGCACUAUUUGCAAAGAUCUCUUGACAGAUGCUGUGAUGAUACCUUGUUGCGGAAAUUCCUUCUGUGAUGAGUGUAUUCGCACUUUUCUACUUGAAUCUGAGGAGCAUGAGUGUCCAGAUUGUAGCGAAAAGGAUGUUUCCCCUGAGACUUUGAUACCAAAUAGAUUUCUUCGUACAGCUGUAUCAAAUUUCAAAAAUGAGACAGGUUAUGCUAAGAGGCAGUCGUACAGAUCGGCGAUGCAAAGAGCGCAGGCUGUUAUUAUGGCCGACCAAACAAGAGCUGAAGCUCAACCAGCCGUUACUAUCACUCCGCCGCAAAGCGUGCCAACUGCGACACUAGAAGCAAGCAGUCAGUCUGUACCGAAAGAAAUUGUUGAACCACAGCCACGACCAGAUGGACCACCUCAAGAUUUUGAUGUACAUCGACCGCCACCCGUCACUUCUGUUCUGCCAGAAUCAACUUCGGAAUCCGAUUUGCAAAGCGACUCGAUAACAAAACUGACAACAGACGAAGAGACAGAAGUACCUCCGCCUCCAGGAACUGAGCCGUUACUGCCGAUACCGGCAAUCGGAAGUUCGCCCGAAAAAGAAAGAGAGAGACGAGAACCAUCGGUAGUCGACAGGGAAGAGCGUCGCGAAGAUUAUGGCGGGGAAAGGCAUUCUAGAGAGCAAAGGCGGAGCUUCAGUAGAGAUAGUCAUCAUCGUGAUAGGAGCAAUGACAGAGGUCGUAGGCUGGAAAAUUUACGAACAGUAAGCCGCAGGCGAUCCCUCUCACCGAGAAGAUCGCAACGUGGUGAAUAUCCGGUACAAACUGGACCUUCGUCGCAUCUGGUGAACCAUCCUCCGCCACCGAAAACUUAUCAAGGACCUUCUCCUAGCAAAGGACAUUAUCCACCACCAAUGCAGUAUGACCCAGGUAUCCGACGCUCCACCGAAGACCGGCCGGGCACUCCGACGAUUGAUGAACCACAUUUACAUGGCCCACCUACGGGUGCUCAACCACCGCUUUUGCCGUUUCCACCAGGGGAAGAUCGUGUCCCUGCUCCUAAUUAUAAUCAACCACCUCCCAAUAUGGCUCCGCACAAUCCACCACUUCUGCCAGAUCCAUAUAUGGGACACCGAAUGCCGAUGUAUCCUCAUCAACAAGACCCACAUUACGGUCCUCCGAGAUAUGAAAGACCUCCUUAUCAGGCUCCUGGCUAUCGACCUCCUCAACCACCUAGAGGUUACUCAGGACCAACCCGUCCAUUGCGCGGCAUGCAUCAUGUUGGAUAUAGAGGACUCCAACCACCACCUCCAGGCUUAGGGAGAAAUAUUCAUAAUGGAAAUCCACCUGGAGUAAUCGAUGACCCGCUCGAAGCUUUCGAAAGAAUGCUUCGUGAGAAAGAUGAAAGAGACAGACGAUUGGGAAAACAUAGAAGGCGAUCUAGAAGUCGUUCAAGCAGUCUAUCCUACUCACGUUCUCGAUCAAGAUCGUUUGGAAGACGAUCACCUUUACCAUCCAGACUCAGUAGAUCGAGAAGUCCUCUGCCUAAGCGAAGAUCAUCAAGAUCACCUUUGCCAUUGAGAGCGAGAAGUCGCACUCCUAAGCGAAGAUCUAGAAGCAGAAGCUUUACGAUAAGCAGAUCUAGAUCUUACUCUCGAAGCCAAUCUCCACGAGGCUCUCUACCUCGGGACAGAGAAAGGGACAGAGAUAGAGAAAGAGAUAGAGAAAGAGAUCGGGAUCGGGAUCGUGAUCGUGAUCGAGAUCGCAAUCCGCCUCCGAGAUACAGGUCACCAAUUCGAUCGCCACCACGAUUUCAAAGAGAGAGGGAAAGGGAACGACCCAGAUCCCGGGAACCACGUGAUGGCUAUAACAGCUACUACAACGAUUCCCCGGCAAAUGAUUACCAGUUCAGAGAGCGCGAGCGAGAACCGCCGCCAAGGGAAAGACCUCUAUCCAGAUAUCCAGCAAGGAACCUACCCCCUCAACAUAAUAUACCCCCACUGCUGUCUCAUCUGGGACCUGGAAGUCAUCCGCCUCCGCUUAUGUCACUGGGCCCUCCGCCACUGGACAGGAAAGACUAUUAUGAUUCCUACAACAGGUAUGCAGGACCCCCGCCACAACGGUUUAGUAGUCCGAAUCGAGAUCCACCACCUAAAAGAUUUGACGAUGUCGCACCACCUGGCACGGAGGGUUAUUAUGAUCUUCCACCACCUGGCGUCGAUCAUCCUGAAAGACUGAUGAAAGAAGAUAGGGAUCGACUACGUCUGUCACGAGAUCGAGAGGAACGUGAACAUAUACCAAAGAUCCAUGAGCCUGAAGAACGAGAAAGACUACCGAUGAGAGAUGACAGAAUCAGAGAACGUGAAGAACGUAUGAGAGAUAGAGAAGAAAGAGAAAGAAGAAUUGCUGAGAGAGAAAGGGAAGAAAGAGAAAAAAUUGCUGCAGCAAGAGAGCGGGAAGAAAGAGGCAGGGAAAAAGAAGCACGAGAAAGGAGAGAAAGGGAACGAGAGAGGGAAAGAGAACGUGAGGAAAGACAUCCAACAGAUCGAAGAGAAGAAGAGCGAAUUGUGGAAAAGCGAGAAUUUGAGAAAGAUCGCUACAGAGAAGAUAGAGAUCGUUAUAGGGUUGAAGAAAAAAAUCGUGGUCGAGACAGAGAAAGAAGAGAUCGUGAUUAUGAACCAGACCGUGAGCGUCAUGAACGUUAUGACAGACAUUCGGUGGAUAGAAAACGGUUACGAAAAAGUCAAAGCCCUAUUCGUCCUAAAUCAAGAAACGAAGGCAAAGAUCAAACUCCGGAAAAAGGUAAAAGGAAGGAAAAAGAACACGAGGAAAAAAUUGAUGAGAAAAAGAAGGAUAAAAAGAUUAAGGACAAAAAGAAGAAGAAGGACGGGGACGAAAAAGAAAAAAAGAAGAAAAAGAAAAAAGAGAAAAAAGCAGCAUUGAAAGAAGCAGCUAAAGAUGAAGCUUCUCAGAAAGUUAAUGAGACCGAAAAUGUCGUACCAUCACCUAUGUUUGAACCAAAACUCGAAAUUACUCCUUUACAGAAAUUGGAGGACAUGGAAGUAGACAAAAUUAUUCCCGUAGACGUAAUUCCUGAAAAAAUGAUUUGUGAGAAAGUCGUCGAUGAAGUCAUCGCACCUAUCAUGAAGCAGGAAUUUGAAAAUAAAUCUCUAGCUAUUAAUCCUGAACCACCAGAAUUUAACCAGAGCUCUCCAGAGCGCAUGGAAGAAACAGAGUUUGGGUCGAACCCUCCAAAUCCGAAUUUCAAACCAAUCCCAGAGCUAAAAGCUGAAACUGAACCAGUGGAUUCCUUGUAUGGCGGUCUAGACGAUACUGACAUAAAAACGACUCUGACAGAAAAAUAUUCCUUGGUCAUGGAAGCUGAGACUGAAGUUCAGGAGCGAGUAGAGGUGGAAAAAUCACCUAAGAAGGAUGAAUUUCUCGCACCACUUCCCGAAUUAUCUAAAUGGGAAAGGGACGAGACCACCGAAAGAUUGGAUAGUGUUCCUGACUUAUCUGUUGACAAAGUGACAUCGGAUGAACCCAAAUCAACCAAAGUGGUGACAUCGGAGGUGUUGAAGCGAGCUGAGAACGCGAUUUUCCAGAAAGCAAUCAAUGCCAUAAGGCCUAUAGAAAUAAAAAAGAUAAGCGAAAGUCGAAAAAUAUUAUAUCAGAAUCCUGAACCAAAAAUAUUGGAGCCGCCGGAGCCACCUAGGAAAAGUGUCAACGUCACGAUCAAUGUUGGAAGGAAUGAACGUAACGUCGAGAUAACUGAACCUUUGAAGAAAGCAAAAUUAGACCGCUCCAAAUUCAAACCUGUUUCAGAAUCCCAUUCACCGACAAGGUUGUCGGCGAAGGAGAGGCUCGGUGAUAAAGUAGAGGAUGAAAAAGAGAAGAAAAUAACACCUGUUAAAGGAUUUUUAGAUCGACACGAAUCGAAGCCGGAAAAUUCGUCCAGAAGUCGAUCCCCGAAAAGCAGUAGGGACAGAAGAAUGUCCCCCUUAAUGGAGAGACGUCUCGAACCGACAAACCCCAUUUCAAACCCAGAACGUAAAGUAUUUUUGGAUGAAAGAAAACGGGAAAGGGACAGAAAUGAUCGGCCCAGGGAUAGAAACGAAUCAAGAAUUGAUAGACACGAUUCUAGAUCAGAUAGAAAUGAAUCGAGAGGGGAAAGAGAAUCAAGGAUGGAAAGGGCAGAUUUUAGAAUGGGUAGAAACGAGUCUAGAAACGACCCUAGAAAUGAGUCAAGGAUAGAAUCGCGGACUGACCCUCGAACUGAACGCAACGACCAUGACAGAGACAGAGACAGAGAUAGAGAUAGGAAAACUAGAACACCUCCGAUAGCCCACAAGAGAGAAGACCUGGUAAAAAUAAACUUCGCAAAACGCAAGGAAGAUGAAGAUGACAAAAAACGAGACAAGAAAAUCAAAGAAGAUAGAAAACGGAAGAAGGAACACAGAAGUAGAAGCAAAUCAAAGGAUAGAAAAAAGCGAAAGGAGAAGAAACACAAGAAAGACAAAGAGAAAGUUCUAGAUAAAAAACAAAAACACAAAGAUGAUCCUGCUAUGCCAAAGGAAAAGCCAGAGACGGCGAUUCCAGCUAAAGUACAGUUUGAAGCCAUACUUUCUCUGCCAACAGAAGUGAAAAAGCAAAGAAAAAAUCCUAGAUUAGUUUCGGAUAGAAAACGCAGUGUCUUGGAUGAAGCGAGCUUCGAACCUGAUUAUUCUGCUACAGAUUCCGAGUCUGACGGAGAAGAUAACAAGACCAUGCAUACCCUUGCUAAGAAAAUCAAACCGGAAAUUCCAGACCCUCUGAAGGAACCAGAACUUAAACUAGUUAAAAAACGAGUUCGAUCUACCAGCACUGAAGACGAAAGCAGCACCUCUGAUAGCUCAUCUACCGAUACCGACAGUUCUGAAGAAUCCCCUAAGCGAAAGAAGCGGAAGCAUAAAAAGCAUAAAAAAAGAAAAUCUGUUAAAAAAGAAAGCACUUCCGAUUCUGACACUAAUUCCGAUUCGUCAGAUUCAAGUUCGGAUGAAGAUAAGCAUAAGAAAAAGUCCAAGAAAUCAAAGAGCAAGAAUAAACCGGGUAAAAAAAAGAAAAAAACUAAACAUAAAUGACGACGUUAGAACAAUUUGGGUGUAAUUUUUGGGGACAAGUUUGAUGCCAAUAAUUGAUGAUUAAAGCACUGUAACGGAAAUUAUAAACACUAAAAAAAUGUU